AUGGCGAAAAUCAUCGCCUUCGAUCAAGAAGCCCGCGACGCGAUGCGUCGCGGCGUGCAGAAGCUGGCCCGCGCCGUGAAGGUCACGCUCGGCCCGAAGGGUCGCAACGUGAUCCUGCAGAAGUCGUUCGGCUCGCCGACCGUCACCAAGGACGGCGUCUCCGUCGCCAAGGAGAUCGAGCUGGAGGACGUCUACGAGAACAUGGGCGCCCAGAUGGUGAAGGAGGUCGCUUCGAAGACCUCCGACGUCGCCGGCGACGGCACCACCACCGCGACCGUGCUCGCCGAGGCGAUCUUCAACGAGGGCCUCAAGGCCGUCGUCGCCGGGGUGAACCCGGUGCAGAUGAAGCAGGGCAUCGAGCAGGCGGUCGAGGACAUCACCGCCGAGCUGAAGAAGCUCUCGAUCAAGGUGAAGUCGACCGAAGAGAUGGCGCAGGUCGGCACCGUCGCCUCGAACGGCGACGCCGAGAUCGGCGACAUGCUCUCCAAGGCGAUGGAGAAGGUCGGCAAGGACGGCGUCAUCACCGUCGACGAGGGCAAGUCGCUCGCGACCGAGGUCGAGUGGGUCGAGGGCAUGCAGUUCGACCGCGGCUACCUGUCUCCCUAUUUCGUCACCGACCAGCAGGCGAUGGAAGCGGUCCUCGAGGAUUGCUACGUGCUGAUCCACGAGAAGAAGAUCAGCUCGGUCAAGGACCUCGUCCCCGUGCUCGAAGCGGUCGUCAACGCCGGCAAGCCGCUGUUGAUCGUCGCCGAGGACAUCGAGGGCGAGGCGCUCGCCACCCUCGUCAUCAACAAGCUCCGCGGGACCUUUAAUGUCGCCGCCGUGAAGGCCCCCGGCUUCGGCGACCGCCGCAAGGCGAUGCUCGAGGACAUCGCCGUGCUGACCGGCGGCCAGGCGAUCUUCGAGGACCUCGGCAUCAAGCUCGAGGCCGUCGGCCUCGGCGAGCUGGGCCGCGCCAAGAAGGUGAUCAUCGACAAGGACAACACGACGGUCAUCGAGGGCGCCGGCAAGAGCACCGACAUCAAGGGCCGGAUCGACCAGAUCCGCCGCGAGAUCGACAACUGCAGCAGCGACUACGACCGUGAGAAGCUUGAGGAGCGGCUCGCGAAGCUGUCGGGUGGCGUGGCGAAGGUCAACGUCGGCGCCGCGACCGAGAGCGAGAUGAAGGAGAAGAAGGCCCGCGUCGAAGACGCGCUGCACGCCACGCGGGCGGCCGUCGAAGAGGGCAUCCUCCCGGGCGGCGGCGUCGCGCUGGUUCGCACCGCGAGCAAGGUCAAGCCGGCCGAUCUGUCGCACGACCAGCAGGUCGGCUACGACAUCGUGCUCCGCGCGGCUCAGGCGCCGCUGAAGUCGAUCGCCACGAACGCCGGCAAAGACGGCGGCGUCGUCUGCGAGAAGGUCGCCGACGCGAAGGGCGCCAACGGCUACAACGCCGCGACCGACGCCUACGAGGACCUCGUGAAGUCGGGCGUCAUCGACCCGGUGAAGGUCACCCGCACCGCGCUGCAGAACGCCGCGAGCGUCGCGACGCUGCUGCUGACCUCCGACGCCUUGAUCGCCGACGCUCCGAAGAAGGAGAAGAAGGGCGCCGGGAACGGGACCGCUGCGCGACGGUAUGCCCCAACCGAAUUGCUCGGAGACACCCCGAUGCGGAUCGCUCGCUCCUUAUGGAUGCUCCCACUGGCCGCGUUCGUCACGGCCGCGUUCACCACUCCGGUGGAGGCGGUGAUCGCUGUCGAUGGACUGUUGCCGAUCACCGGCCCGCCGGUGGCGAACGUCUGGUACAACACCAGCGGAGCCGGCGGCACCGCGUCGAUUCCCGACCUGACGGGUGUCGGGGGCGCGUUGGAGAACAACCAACCGCUGGGUCCCGCCGCUGCCCGUUUGACAACCGGUCCUAGCACUUCCGACCGCGGCCGCGCCCAAACCUUCCAAGACUUCGGCGACGCGUUCACGGUGUUGUCGACCGGCUCGCUCUCGUACGACUAUUUCAAGGUCGACGUCCCGGGUGGGAACGCCUUCGCGGCGCCGUCCCUUCAGCUUUCUUUGUUCUCACCGGUCGCGACCGGCGACAACGACAGCUUCGGCACGCUCGUCUACGAGCCGACGUGGAACCAAGGCGGUGGGGGAUCAGGUCUCGUCCCCACCGGGGAUUGGCAGUCAGUGAGCAUCGACUCGUCGACUGGCGGCUGGUGGUGGACCGGCGGAUUCGAGCAGCCGAACACAGCCGGCGGCCCGCCCAUCCGCACGCUCGGCGAUUGGGCCGACUUGUUUAACGACGACCCCGACUUCGCCCAGGCCCGCGUGGUUACGCUCGGCGUCAACGUCGGCACGUUCAACACUGACGUCGACAGCUACUUCGACGAGGUGAGUCUCGUCGUCCCGGGUGGUGUCGCCCUGACCUACGACUUCUCGGCCGUCCCCGAGCCGGCGCUCGGCGGCUGCUUCGCCGCGAUCGCCUUCGUCAUCGCCGCGAAGGUCGGCCGUCGCGACUCGGACGACUGA